UUCGCAAAUCACCAACCCGCUCACUAAUUCCACAUCAUCGCAACUUGUUUUCGCACACCCUUUACGAGAAAUCAACCCAAAACAAAAACCAACUUCAGAAGAAAUCAUGUCGUCCACACAAUUGUCAUUCUCUCUCCGCGUGUCCGCCGGCGUCAAGACCGUUCACUUGCUCGGCUCCUGGGACGGCUACGCUGGACAGCUCCCCCUCGCCAAGGACAAGUCUUCCUCCAAGUCCGGAUCAUGGAAGGGCACCUUCCGCUUCCAGUCGUCGACUCUCGAGCCCGGCCAGCGCUACUGGUACUACUACAUCAUUGACGGUUACCACGUCGCCCACAGCCCCAGCGAGGACUCGACCGUUGAGCCCACCACGGGCCGUGAGCUGAACAUUCUCGACGUCCCCACCGGCAAGUCCUCCAAGUCGUCGUCCAAGUCUUCGUCCGCCAAGUCCAGCAGCAAGUCGUCGUCGCGCCACGUCAAGGAGGAGAAGUCGUCAAAGUCCUCGUCCAAGUCGUCCUCGCGCUCCUCGCGCAAGUCCCUGACCGUCGACAUCCCCAAGGGCCGUCCCCUCUCCAUCUCCCAGAUCCAGGCCCCCAAGCCCAUGUCGCCGCACGCCACCAAGCACAUCCUUCAGGCCAACUACUACGACGAGGAGGAGAUGGACGAGCUCAACGCCCGCCUCGGCUCCGCCGGUCUCGACGACGAGGAUGUUCUCACCAACUUCACCACCUCGCCCGUGUCCUCCAACGCCUCGUCCCUGUCCUACCGCUCCGACAGCUCCUCGCCCAACUCCUCCCUGUCCGGCUACAGCACCCCCGGCUCCAACUGCAGCUCCUGCACGUGCGAGCGCUACGGCAUCACCCGCAAGGGCGACCGUGUCAAGCUGGACUGUGGCGGCUCUCGAUGUGGUGACGACAGCUCCGACUGCUCGAGCACCAUCAGCGAGUCCGAGGAGGAAGAUGAGGACUACGAGCCCGUCCGCAGCCGCCGCAACGGCAUCGUCGUCUCAUGAGGACUUGUACGUCGAAAGGCAUAGCCUCGUGGCCAUUGUCCUGUUGUUGUUUUUACUCUCUCGUAAUGAACACGCGCCCCUUCACCCACAUACGCUGGACGGCACGUCCCCUUCCCGGGCUGGACCUUGGGAAUGCCGUCCAUGCUGCAUGUGUAACGAUUGGGUCGGUGCUGCGACCCCUCGUCGAGUCAAGGCGCGUGACGUUUUCCGCCCUUCUCACGAGUUGUUAUUUUUUCACGAUCAUGUCUGUUGAUGAUGAUUAAUGAGCGUUUACCCCCCUCUCUCGCCCCCCUUCUUUGAUGAACCUCUCCACGAGUCGUUCUCAAAUUCUUCACUGCCGGAGCACCUGCUCCGGGUGUACAUAGUCAAGAGAUCACGAGCA